AUGUAUCCAAAUUCUGGAAAAAGUGAUAGUCAGUGGGAGCACGAUUGGGUGAGUAUGGUGGAUGAUGAAAUUACAGCUCCAACUCCUGGAGUUUCGCCAAUGUCAUUUUUGCGAUCAAGAGAAAAAUCUCAGAGAGAAAGAGCUUAUCCGCAGGAAGCAUUUAAUUAUUGCCGUAAUAACAAUGUUUCCUUGCCGAAUAUACAAGAAGACCCUGAUCAGUUAAAACAACUUUUGGAGAAUACCGACAUUGAAGGAGUGAACUUUAGACAGAACAUCAGAAACUAUAAUUCAAUGUGUUCAUUCGCCUCAUUUGGAGCCAAUGUUACAUCACCCCCUGGUCGUAGCCCAUACUGUUUCCGCUUGUAA